UGAGAAUGUUUUACGCCAGACAAACCGACGAACCCAUAUAAGCACUGCCCUCCCGUCGUCUAGUUCCCCAAUCAAGAUCAAGGAAGCUCCCCAGAAAACCGCUGCUCACUCUCGGAUCCGAAUCGAAGCGAAAAUGAACGACGCCGAUGUCUCCAAGCAGAUCCAGCAGAUGGUCAGGUUCAUUCGCCAGGAAGCCGAAGAGAAGGCCAACGAGAUCUCCGUCUCCGCCGAAGAAGAAUUCAAUAUUGAGAAGUUGCAAUUGGUCGAGGCUGAGAAGAAGAAGAUCAGGCAGGAGUAUGAGCGGAAACAGAAGCAAGUCGAAGUUCGAAAGAAAAUUGAGUACUCGAUGCAGCUUAAUGCUUCUCGGAUAAAAGUUCUUCAAGCGCAAGAUGAUGUGGUUAAUUCCAUGAAAGAGGCGGCAUUGAAGGAGCUUUUGAAUGUGAGCCGCGAUCACAAUGUGUACAAAAGGCUUCUAAAAGAUCUGAUUGUUCAGAGCUUGCUCAGACUGAAAGAGCCUGCUGUCUUAUUACGUUGCCGGGAAGAUGAUCUUCAUUUGGUGCAGUCUGUGCUGGAUUCAGCAGCACAGGAAUAUUCUGAGAAAGCACAUGUUCAUUCACCUGAGAUCAUAGUUGACAAGAAAGUCUAUCUUCCAGCUGCUCCUACCCAUCAUAAUACCCAUGGUCCUUUCUGCUCUGGAGGCGUAGUGUUGGCUUCUCGAGAUGGGAAGAUUGUUUGUGAGAACACCCUUGAUGCACGGUUGGAUGUUGUGUUCCGUAAAAAACUUCCAGAGAUCCGCAAGUUGCUAUGUGGUCAGGUUGCUGCAUGAUGGGUUGGAUUGUAUUGUUUUACUGCCCCUAAAUUAUUUGAGACCUGAGAUUGGUCUUUGAUGAUAAGAUUAUUGUCCAAUCAAUUGCUUUGUUUGUAUGUUCAUUUUCUUGUUUGCUGCAUAACUUUAUAUAGUGUAGAUGUUCUUCAGUUUGGUGCGCUCUUUAAGUCUUAUCGAUUGGGGCAUGAGAAAGUACUUAUUCUUAGUGAUAAUAAAUGUUUUCAGCUUGAGUGUUUCUGU